AUGCUAUAUUUAACUUUCACAACGGCGAGGUAAGUGUUAAAAAAUUUUUUAGUUUUAAAAAGCUAGAACGAUUGUUAUUAUUAAAAUUUUAGUACGUCAUUUACAAUCCCAGAAAAAAACAAUUUUAUUCGAGAUUCAUCAACUGUCAGUAUCCAGAAUCCCACGAACAUACUCCCCAAGAAAAACAAGAGUGUAUGUUUACAUCAACAGAUGGUCGGAGAUGUUUCGAUUAUUGCAUUUUUCACGAAUCGGCGUUCUAUUUCGAUUACUCAAAAGGUAAUAAAAAACUAAUGGGUUAAAAAGUAGUUAAACACACAUCGAUAAUAUAAUGAUUUUUUCAGAUAAACUCAGAUUGA